ACUCAUUCAUCAUCCUCAACCAGACAACCUUCGUGCGUUUCGAUUUCUUCAUUUGAUCAUAGUUAAAUCGAUCUGUUUUCAACAUGGGUAAAAUCUUCAACAUGUUUUUAUACAUAUUCAUAUCAUGUUUCGCCUUAUCGUACGCUCAAAGUUGCAACAAUUACACGUUUUCAACCAACCAAAUUUACGCUACAUGUGUAUCUUUACCUGUUUUGAACUCCCAUCUUCACUGGAACUACCACUCCAACGGCACCGUCGACGUGGCAUUCCGGCACACCGGAUCAACCACAUCUCAAUGGGUUGCUUGGGCUCUCAACGUUAAUGGGUCGGGUAUGAUUGGAGCUCAAGCUAUUGUGGCUGUCACGAGUCCAUCCGGGGCGGUUCGAGUUUAUACUUCGGAUGUAAACAAUUACGGGACGGGUUUGGAAGAGAGCUCGUUGAGCUUUGAUGUGCCGAGGAUGACAGCGGAGAGGGUUAAUGGUGAUUUAGUGGUUUAUGCGAGUUUGGUGUUGCCUAAUGGUCGGACGAGGUUUAAUCAUGUAUGGCAGGUUGGUCCGGUUAAUAAUGGAGUUUUGAGUAUGCAUUCCAUGAGCCCGGAUAAUCGGAAUUCUGUCGGCGAAGUAGAUUUUAUCACCGGUCAGAUGAGGGCUGGUGGUCGUAGCGGUGAUGUGUCGCGGCAGCGCCGGAGAAACGCUCAUGGAGUAUUGAAUGUGGUUAGUUGGGGAGUAUUGAUGCCCAUGGGAGCUAUGUCAGCAAGAUAUUUAAAGGCGUUUAACAUCGCGAAUCCAGCUUGGUUUUACAUCCAUGCCGCAACCCAAACAUCAGCCUAUAUUGUCGGUGUAGGCGGAUGGGCCACUGGACUCAAGCUCGGUAGUGAGUCCAGUGGAAUCAAACAUAAUGCUCACCGGAACAUUGGAAUCAUCUUGUUUGCUUUAGGAACACUUCAGGCUUUUGCUCUACUAUUGAGGCCUAAACCGGACCACAAAUACAGAUUCUACUGGAACAUUUACCACCGAAGUAUUGGAUACUGCGUGAUCAUCUUGAGCAUCGUCAACGUGUAUAGAGGACUCGACAUCUUGGAUCCUGAGAAGAAAUGGAAGAAUGCUUACACGGGCAUAAUUAUGUCUUUGGGGGUUAUUACACUUUUAUGUGAAGCUUUAAAAUGGUUCAUUGUUGUGAAGAGGAAGAAUGAAGAGAAAAGGACACAUGCAGGAACUAAUGGUUCAAAUGGAGCCAAUGGAUAUGGCCAGUCAGUAUAGAUGAGAGAUGUUAUGUGUUGCUAGAUUGUAACUUUACUUUGUGGAUGUUGAGAGUUAUGUUUUCUUUUUGAGAUUAAAGCAUGUAUUUACAUAGGGCUGCAUAUUGGCACACCAACAUAGCUAUUUGUAUACCAAACCCUAUCUGUACUUACGCUGCAUGUAGGACGCGGCGUAGGUACAGGGUAUGUACACAACUAAUCAGUCAACUUCGUACACUGUAAAAUCAUGCAUAUAUACGCCACGUAUAGAGCCAUACGAAGCCUGUGCCAAUAGUCCAGACCUUUACAUAUGUAUGUGUAUACAUUUUUGUAGAAUGACUUUGGUGAU